GAUUCAAUUCAAUUCUUUCUUUCUUUUCCUCUCUCCCUCCCUCUCUCUCUCUCUCUCUCCAUCUUCCCAGCAAGAAGCUCCCUCCAUUAAUCAUAACCGACUCUCUCUUUCUCUCUCAAAUGUUUGGAGGAAAACCUGGAGGCGGUUUUUCCAUUGAUGGGGUUUUCAACAACUCUUGAAGUAGGAGAAAGGAAGAGCAAAAAUCCAAGCUUUUAGAGGCUGCAGCUUUCAUGGCUUCUAAUAUUAAGGGCACCAGCCAGCAAACCCGAGUACAACAACAACAACAACAGCAUCAUAAUCAUCAUCAUCAUCAACAGCAGCAGCAGCAUCAAAUACAAGAUAAUCAUCAUCAUCAGAUUCCUUAUGCAAUGAUGCAAUCAUCUUCAUCGUCCUCCAUUCCUGGAAACUUCAUCAGAAGCAAAGAUACUGGAGCUUAUGAUUUGGGAGAACUAGAUCAAGCCCUUUUUCUCUACCUCGAUGGACAAGACCCCUCCACUGUCCAAGACCAAAGGCAGAAUCAAGGAAUGAGGCCUCCAACUCUCAACAUUUUUCCCUCUCAGCCUAUGCACGUAGACCCAUCAUCAACAAAAGCUUCUCCAGCAACUAGUGGUUCCAAGAGACCAUCAGAGCCGUCUAUGGAGUUGGCCAACGCACGCAACGAUGUUCCCUCGGGGCCUGAACCCGCCAAAUCGAUCAAGCGUGAAGGAAACCGCAAGGGUCCAACAUCAAGCUCAGAGCAGGAGGGUCCCAAAACACCAGAUCCUAAGACACUCAGAAGACUUGCUCAAAAUCGAGAGGCAGCCAGGAAAAGCAGGCUCAGAAAAAAGGCAUAUGUUCAGCAGUUGGAAACAAGUAGAAUUAAGCUUACGCAGCUGGAACAAGAGCUACAAAGAGCUAGAUCACAAGGCAUAUUUUUUGGUGGAAAUCUUAUAGGAGGAGACCAGGGACUUCCGGUUCCCGUGAGCAACAUUAGCACAGAUGCUGCUGUCUUCGACAUAGAGUAUGCGAGAUGGCUCGAGGAACAUCAUCGAAUCACGUGCGAGCUCCGAGCCGCGGUGCAAGAGCAUUUGCCAGAGAACGAACUACGGCUCUUUGUCGACAACUUCUUAGCUCACUUUGACGAGGCAAUGAACCUCAAAAGCUUGGUCGCCAAGAGUGACGUGUUCCAUAUUGUUUCCGGCAUGUGGAAGACUCCGGCCGAACGAUGCUUCAUGUGGAUUGGAGGAUUCCGGCCAUCUGAGCUCAUCAAGAUUUUGUUGAACCAAAUUGAGCCAUUAACGGAGCAGCAAAUAGUGGGUAUAUGUACGUUACAACAAUCUACACAGGAGGCUGAAGAGGCUCUCUCCCAAGGGCUCGAAGCUCUCAACCAUUCUCUUAUAGAUACUAUAACCGCCGAUUCAUUGAGCUGUCCUCCUAACAUGGCUAACUACAUGGGGCAGAUGGCCAUCGCGAUGAACAAGUUGUCCACCGUUGAAGGCUUUGUUAGACAGGCAGAUAAUCUGAGGCACCAGACGAUUCACCGGCUGCAUCAGAUCCUGACAACCCGGCAAGCGGCAAGGUGUUUUCUGGCAAUUUCAGAGUACUUCCAUCGGCUCCGAGCUCUGAGCUCUCUGUGGCUAGCACGCCCUCGACAGGAAUGAUAAAAGAACCCUAGAAGACCCCCACCCACAUCUUUAAAUCUCUUUCCCUUGAUAUACUAUUAAUGUACUUCUUUGAAAUCCAUUUUCUCAUCAUUUCUAUAGAGAUGUAUAGAACUAUAGAUAGACAAAUUUAAAUCUGAAGCAGUAGA